AUGGCUUCCAUGAACGGAAGUAUGCCACAAGUGAUCAAGGUUGGGUUUCAAAGCCGCAAGCCAAGGAUGCGAGUUAUGAAGCCCCCUCAGGUUUUCCGCUUCAGAAUUCCAGAAGCAGAACCAGAAGAAUGUGAUCUCAUGGAUGAAGAAGAAUUAUCUGCCUAUGGUUAUAAACCCGUUGCCCUGUCUUGUUCUGAAAUUAAGCCUUGCAGUCCUUGUGAGGCCUCUUCUUCCAUGGAAGGUAGCAACAAUGGCAGCGACCCUUUUGAGUCUGAUAGCUUUGCUGUUCAUUCAGUUUGUGGUUCAUGUUCUACCUCCCCUCCGGACGAUUUGAGCUCUACCCAUCAUCAAGACGAUGAUGAUGAGCAAGAAAGCCAUGAACUUGGCGCUUCAUUCUGCCCAGCAAGUCCAGAGCCAUCGUCUCCACCAAGACUUGCUUUCUAUUUUGACUGCAAGCUGUGCUUGAAGAUGGCAAGAGAGCCAGUGGUGACUCCAUGUGGUCAUUUGUUCUGUGGGGAUUGUUUGGACAAAUGGCUGCACUUUUUCACCUCUCAAAUGGAGUGCCCUGUUUGUCACAGUAAGGUGCUUGAUUCAUCGAUUAUUCCGAUUAGGCCGACACCUGUAUGUAACAGAGACCUUGAGUUAAAUGUUCCACCAAGAUCAAAGGGGGGGCUUUGCUUUUGA